AUGACAAUUGACGAUAUUGAUAAAUACGACAUUGCCCGAGCUUUAGAAGAAGUGUCAUUUAUGAACUCUUCGAGAUCCUCGUUAAGAGAUGACAACCAAACUGGACACAGAGUAGUGAGUGGUGUCUACUAUACAAAUUGGUCGCCAUACAAUGAACUAGGACAUUUCCCACGCGACAUUAAUUUUGCUAAUGUUACUCAUGUCUAUUAUGCGUUCUUUCAUGUCGAUGGAAAAACAGGUAAUUUAAAAUCCACAGAUUCAUGGUCUGAUUUCCAAAUACCUAUCACAACUGGAGAGGGACAUCCUAAUCAUCCCGAAGGAUGUCUAGGUGAAUUAUUUAUACUAAAGCUACAUCAAAAAUUCAAAGUUUUAAUGUCGAUUGGUGGGUGGUCCAAUAGGAAAGAAUUUACUGAAGCUAUGCAAGAUAUUGAGAAAGUUCAAAACUUAGCUAAAUCAUGUAUUGAAAUAAUGUUUAGAUAUGGCUUUGAUGGAAUUGAUUUUGAUUGGGAAUAUCCAAGAAAUAAUGAAUAUGAACCCAGAAAUUUUGUCCAUUUAAUUGAAAAUGUAAGGUUUGGUCUAGAUGCAUUGGAGGCUAACAUAUUUAAUACUCCAAAGAGAAGAUUUGAAAUAACAGUAGCUACUCCUGGUACUGAAGACAAUUUACAAGGUAUACGAUUUAACAGAUUGAUUCCUUUAGUAGAUUAUUGGAAUGUAAUGACAUAUGACUAUUACGGGGAAUGGUCCGAUAGGACAGGAUAUCAUAGUAAUUUAUACAAUCCAGCUUUUCAAGAUGAAUAUUCAGGUUCUGAUACUACUGAAGAAGAAUAUAAAGAGAAAGACGAAGUAGUGAAAGAACAUAGUCUAAGUGCGAGUGGAAUAAUAUCAAUACUUUGUAACAAGUAUAAAGUUCCUAGAAAUAAAGUUGUAAUGGGGAUGGCAUCAUAUGGUAGAGGUUUUACGAACGUUAAGACUAAUGUAAAUAGUGCAGCAUAUAUCGGUAAGAAAUAUAGUGGAGUAGGAGGAAGUGGACCGGAGAAAGAUGGUACUUGGAAAUACAAUGAAUUACCAUUGACUGGUACGGAAGAAGAAUUUGAUCCAAUGUAUGGUAGUGCAUAUUGUUUUGAUAAAGAGACGAAAACAUUUAUUGGUUACGAUAAUUAUCAAUCAAUUAGAAUGAAAGGUGAAUAUACUUGGCGUAGUGAUUUGGCAGGUAUGUUUAUGUGGGAAUCAGCCGGUGAUGAUUACAAAUAUCCAAAUUUAUCAUUAUUGGAGAUAUAUGCACAUGAAGUUCAUUAUAAAUUAAAGAAAGAUAGAUCUCCAUUCACUGAGAAAUCAUUAAUUGAAUUUUAUCUUAAGAGAUAUCCAAAGAAUGGGUUUCUAACAACAUAUUUGAAAACUAUACUUCAAAAUACUGAAUAG